AUGUUUGAUCAAGAUGAUGAUGACAAACUCGAUCCACAAGAAGUUGAAAAGAUCAUCAGAGAACUAAUGGACCCUGUUGCAGGCCAAAAACCAGAAAAUGUCAUGGCAAUGGAAAAAUUAUUUCAACAUCCAGAUUUUCCUGAUACACUAAAGAGCAUAAUAAUGAAAACAUCAAGUCCAGCAAUACUUCAAAUGGGCAUUUUAUUACUUGAAAGAUCAUUUAAAUCAAAUUGGAAGAAAUUUUCAUUAAAUAGAAAGAAAAUUUUUAUGAAAUUCUUUAUAGAUAUGCUCAAAAACGAGGUAGUAAUAGAAAACAGAUCGUUCUACUUAAUAUGUAAAUCAAUUGGUAGCAUUGUUCAAAGAACAAAAACUAUAUAUCCAGAAUUAAUGAAAUUUUUAUUCGAAUUACCACAAGAUUUCAACACACAACCAGAAUUCAUCGCUAGACUUCUUUGUUUAAACGAAUGCAUUCCAUUUUUAGAAAAACAACAAUUUUUUGCAAAUCUUAAUACAAUUUUAUCAAUUUUAUAUUACGGUAUGGAAAUAGAAGAUGGAAUUAUAACACUUGUCACUUUUCUAAAGAAAAUUUUACAAAUUCACGGAGAUAUUGAAAAUAUUAUCCUUCAAAAUCAACAAUUAGCUGAAGAAAUCAAUGGAUAUGAACAAACAGAAGAAACAGAAGCCAAACUACAAGAAAUUUCAACAAUAAUUACUAAUGAAUCCUCAAAUCUUGAAAUUAUUCAAAAUUCUCUUCAAAGUGACAUGUUUCUUCAAACUUGCCAACGAACUGGUGAUGCACAAAACUAUGUCUACAAUUCUACAACAUGUUUAUCUUAUUUUGAAGCAAAAAUGUUAAUAUCAAAAAUUCUUCAAGUUUCGGAACCGAUUCAAGACGCGAUUUCAGCUGCAUCAUCACAAGACAUGGAUAUAUCACAACAAUACGAAGCUUUCGGAGUAAUUAUUUCAUAUCUUCAAGACCAAAAUUUGUUACAAGAAAUAUUAAAUUAUAUUUACACGAAUAUCCCUGAAAUUGAAGUAUUUGAAGACAUAUAUUCAUUACCUUUCAUCGAAGAAGCACUAAAAUCAUUCCAACACGCUUUAGUUGCCUCAUUUUUGACAAAUUUAAUUCAAAUUUGUUUACAAAACCCCCAAGAAAGCAUCGUUUUGUGUCUUAUGAGUUUCACAGAGCUUGUUACUAAUGCUCCCGAAGUAUUCACUAAAGAAUUGACUGAUUUAGUUGACAAAUCAGUUGAAAUUGCAUUUUCUUAUGGUGAAAUGACGAAUUCCAAGUUAUAUAAACUGAUACAAGCAGUAUAUGAUCAAGAUCAAUCGAGUUUGAAGAGUAUUUUGAUAAAAUACUUAGAUAAUUUAAUAAAUUCUUUUAAUUCGGACAAAAGUCAAGAUACAUUGCUUGCAAUUAGUACAUUAUUGAACUAUAACUUGCAGAUUAAAGAAGAAUCACAACCAUUGAUCUGGGAAAUGAGACAUUCCAUUGAUAAUUUCACACAAGAAAUUUAUUUAGAUAUUUUGAAAAAAACAAUAGAAAAAAGAGAAAAAAUUGAAACUUCUUUUGCAAAUGACAUAUUGUUAUAUGUUUCUCCUGCAUUUGAAGAGUCAGAAACAUUAGCAGGAUCAGCACUUCUUGUUUGUGCAUCAAUUCUUCGCAAAGAAGAAAAAGUUGAAGAAAUAAUUCAAAAUUGUGUUCCAAUUCUUCAUCAAUUGUUUUCUGUUGAAGAUGAAACGAGGCCUGUACAAGAUGCACUUACUUUUAUUGCUACUGCUUGUGAGAUAAUGCGUGAAAACGCAACAUUUGUAACAGAUUUCUUUGAAAACAUACAAAAUAUUUUGGAAUCAUCAAAUGUUUCCAGUGAAUUAUAUAAUGAAGCUGUUCGUACAGCAUGUUUUACAAUUCGUUAUUGUGGCAAUGAAGAUGUUGUUUCUUUGGUUUUUGAUAUUCUUGAUAAGCAAUUAUCAUCUAAUUCUGAUUCUAUGUUAAUUGAUUCUCUUUUGAACAUCAAACUUAUUACUAAAUUCAUUGAAGAAGAUUCAGCAAUUAUAUUAUAUAAUAAAAUAUCAUCGCAUGCAAGAGAAACAACAUCUGUUGAAAUCCUUACUCGUUGUUUCGAUUCUUUAUCUAGAUUUGCAAAGUUUUUCGGUUCAUCUGUUGUUGAUGAUUGUUUUGAAUUAUUUGAACUUUUUAUUCAUGGAAAACUUCCUGCUUCUUCAUCUACAUUCGAAUCAUUUUGUGAUUUCGACAUGGAACUUCUUGAUUCAUUCACUGAAUUUUGUUAUCGUGUUGUUAGUAUCAACAGCGAUGUUGCAGAACAAAUCUGUAGUGAAUACAUUCAUCUUUCAGAACGCCAUAAUGAAACAUAUUCAAUGAUGAUCACACGUGUAUUUACAGGAUCCCUUGAAUCAGAAACAUGCACAGAAAACAUUGUUCAUACUUAUUUAGAUAUCAUUGGUGACAUCAUUGAAAGUUCUACACCAAAUCUUUCACAACAAGAGAUUGUUUAUGCAUUGAAUUUAAUUUUAAACAAGUUCCCAGGUAAUGUUUCAUUAGUUACAUCGCAUUUAGAUUUAUAUCUUCGCUGGUGGCACUUUGUUCUUGAAAACAAGUCAUCGUAUAUUAAUUUGGCAUCUAAUUUAGCAUCAUUAUUCUUAACAGUUGCAUCAACCGAAGAAAACUUUCCACUUGAUGUUUUAGAUCAAUCUCUUCUCUUCUUCCCUCCAUCAGAUACAACGGAGUGCAGACGAAUGUCUAUUUCUCUUUUGAACAUCAUCACACGCGGUGAAAUUCCAGCACAGAUCCAAGUCUCUCUGUCUCGCUGCUUAAGUUUGUUGUUCACGAUGCCACAGACAGAAUUCAGGAAACUUAAACUUGACCAAGACUUGAUAAAUACAUUAGUUUCUGUUCUUAAACAAUUAGUUACUAAAGAAAGUAAUCUUAAUUCAGCCCUUGAUUCAGUGAAAGGCUCUGAUGUUAUGACAAACAAACUAUAUAACAUUAUUAAUUCUUAA